UGUAGUCCGUUUCAGGACUAAACACACGAAAACUGUUGGAAUUCUGUUUAACCUGUGGGUUUCUUACCUGGAUAGUGGUAAAUUGGUAUUAAGUUGUGUAUAAGCUGUAAUGCAUAUCAGGCUCGAUAUCAGGCCUCAGAAUAAUGUAGGCUAUGUUUUUUAACGUUGCUAGGCUGUCUAGAUAAACAACAGGGGGCGAUCUGACGACUUUUUGUAUAAACCAGUGGUUUUUCAACCUGGGGGUCGCAAGAAGGUGGUCAAAUAAAGGUGUGAUUACAGGAGUAGGAGAUGUAUUAAACCACAUCUGGAGUUUAUCAGAACUCAAAGUAACACUACAGUGGUCCGCUGAAGGAGGAUUGUGAAGGUCAUGGCGACUGGCCACAGCUCAGCCAGUGAGUGGUUGGAUUAUCCAGCUGGUGAAACAGAAAGGGAACUUAAGAGUGAAGAAGCACCUGCUGCUAGCAGGAGGCGCUGGAACGAGCGCAGUUCAAAAGAUGAUCAUGAAAUUUACAUGUUGAAGUUAAAGGAGGUGGAGGUCGCUGCUCAAUCUGGUGAUUUUAACUCUGUGUACGAGAAGAUCAAUUCCGCCUCAAGUGCACUUCUUCUGAGCUCCUCUAAUGAGAAAAUCAUAUGCUGCACAUACUGUGGAAAGAUCUGUCGAGAUCCCAGCCAUCUAAGAAUCCACGAGAGGUCACAUACGGGUGAAAAACCAUUCGAGUGCUCCCAGUGUGGAAAAGCAUUCAGCACAGCCAGCAACCUGAAGAGCCACGAGCAGACACACACAGGAGAAAAGCCACACUCGUGCCAGGUGUGUGGGAAAAGUUUCGCUUUACAGUAUUACCUGACCCGCCACAUCAAGACGCACUUGAAGGAGGAGACUUUUAUCUGCAGCAAAUGUGGGAAGAACUUUGCCAACAUGCGGAAUUUGAAGAUCCACGACCGGAUCCACACAGGCGAGAGGCCAUUUCAGUGUAAAUACUGCGACAAAACUUUCAUAAGGUCUCCUGAGCUAAAGCUUCAUCUGAAGACUCAUGCAGAAGAGGCUAUGGCUCUGAAUAUCAGAAGAAAAAGUGUAAUUUGUCUUAAACCGGAGAAGCAACUUUCCAAAGAAGAAGCAAACAACUCCAGUAUGGAAUUGGCGGGGUAUUUGCGAAUUCAUAACUCAGACCGCCCUUUUAGAUGUGUAAAAUGUGGUAAAAGCUUUAAGGAUCAAACCAAACUGAAGAUUCACCAAGCUUUCCAUGCAGGUAAAAUGUCCUACAGCUGUUCCGACUGUGGAAAGCCUUUUCCUCAUUCCGUUCAUUUGACAAUCCACCAGCGAGUGCAUACUGGACAGAAGUUUUACACCUGUGCAGAGUGCAACAGGAGCCUCCCCACAUCAAGAAGUCUGAUCAAACAUCAGUAUAUGCAUUGCAAAGCAAAGCCACAUCAGUGCUUUUUAUGUGGUAAGAGUUUCGCCUACCAAAGAGUGUUGAAGAGUCACAUGCGAACCCACUUCAGAGGCAAGGUAUUUCAGUGUUCGCAGUGUAGCCUGAAGUUCCGCCAUCAGCUCAGGCUGAAAUGGCACGAAAAAAUUCACAAUGAAGAGGAUUGGUUCAGUUGCUCAGAUUGUAAUACAUCUUUCAGACUUGCAGUAGAGCUUCAAAUCCAUCAGCGCUAUCAUAGAAAAGUGAAAAAACACAAGUGUCCUCAGUGUGGGAAAAGUUUCACAGCAGCCGGGAGACUCCAGUGGCACGUGCAGAAGCAUACGAAAUCAAAACAGUUUGAUCAUGUCAGGCUUGAGAACAUUUUUGCAGGUCUUGAACAUCUGAUCAACCAACCCACUCUCACAUUCACUUGUCCAGAAUGUGGCAAAAUCUUAAACGAUGAGAAGAAGUUCAAAGCUCACGUCAAGACUCACUCCACUGAAAGACCGUUCGAGUGCAACACUUGUGGGAAAGCCUUCAAGAAGGAAGCGUUCCUGCGAGAACACUUAAGAACACACACCGGAGAACGGCCUUUCGAGUGUCCGGAGUGUGGGAAACGAUUUUCCCACGGUGGAAACCUGGCCACGCACCGCCGGAUCCACACCGGAGAGAAACCCUUUCAAUGCACGCUUUGCGGGAGACGCUUCAGUGACGCCUCGCACUAUGUGAAGCAUCAGCGCUGGCACAGUGGAGAUAAACCCAAAGCCUGCGAGAUAUGUGGGAAAUGUUUUGCCGACACGGCCUUACUGAACAGACACAAGAGAAUCCACUCCGGAGAGAAGCCCUUUGCCUGCACAGAGUGCGAGAAAACCUUCCUCGAUAAAUCAGAGCUUGCCAGGCACAUGAGCACGCACACGAGAGAGCGCAACCAUCGCUGUGAAGUAUGUGGAAAAAGCUAUGCCCGUGGGUACAGUCUGAAGUUGCAUCAGAAAACCCAUCAUGCUCUUCAUCAUUUGUCUGACCUAAGCACUCAGAAUGUAGCUGAAUGAUAUAAAUACUUCCGUUAUCCGCAUUAUACCUACAGUUACUAACCCUAUACCUACGCUUUCUGGCUGUUUUAUCACAAACAACAAUCAUACAGGUGCACAUUUUUUGUAGGUGUGGAGUUUCUGACUGGAGCUCAUCUAUUGGUGUACAGUUUAUCAACUGUCUUUACUCCCAUUCAUCAGUGGAAAUUAACCACUAUAGGCGAAACAGUGACCAGAUAUUUCUUUGAUAUUUCUUUCAUAGCAGGGAUUGUGAACAUGGUAGAGGCAAGUUAGUGUUUGAUGCUAAACUGGAACCAGUAUGUUAAGGAUAGUGAUGCUGAAUAGGAGUGGAAAUCUCUAGGCAACUUUCAGUUCGAUUUAAUUACAAUUCAGAAGUAAUUUUAUAAAAACUAAAAAUUUUAUUAAAAAAAUUCUAAACUGAGAAGGGACAAAAUAGAGAAGGGACAAAAUAUUGUGUUUAAUGGUAGCGACCACCCCGAUAAGCCUAAUAUAUUAAUUCUAAAAACUUGGGUGUCGGGUCGCUUUCACAGGAGUUCUUCUGGCCUCGUCACAUGUCUUCACGUACUUCAAUACAGCCUCUAAAAGAGGAUCCAGCUCAGUUUUACUGAACAUGAGCAGCUGGUGGAGCCUUCAGAGGGUGAACUCAGAGCGGAGAAUUUGUCACUCUCUCACUAUGUGUGUAUGUCUAACUUCUCUCGCCCCUUCCUUUUUCUUUGCGCUCUGUCUCUCUCGCUUCAUUAUAUAUUUUAUAGUCACAAGUUUAUAGUCGAUAUUCGAUUACGGAGACAUCAUUGCAGCCCUAUUUAAUACACUACCUUCAAAUAAGGAAGGGCUCCUUAAUGUGCAGAUUAGCUGGAUCAGGUAUGCUGGGAGGAGAGUAAACACUAAAAUGUGCAAGGGAAGGGGUCCUCCAGGACAAGACUGGGCUUCAACUGUAAAAGAGAAUGACCGUUAGAAAUGGCUAAUGAAUGAAGCUGAGCUGUAGUCUCAAAGAGUAUGGGUUGGUUUACAGACAGGGAUUAAGCCUAGUCCAAGGUGGGGAAGAAGGCAACGAUUAUACAUGUAUCUAUGUGCGCAUGUAAGGCAUUUCAGGGACAGAUUUGUUCACAUUACACACAGAGACAGAUCUCUUACGUUUGUUAAUGUGAACCGUCAAGAUAUCCAAAUCCGAUCUGAGCAAGAAAUCGGAUUUGAGCAACUUGGCUUGUAAUGUGAACGUAUCCUAAGUCUCAGUGGUGGUCUUAUAGUGGUCUUUUUCCACUGCGGGACGGUGUAGGUUGUAAAACAGGGUCUAAUAUAUAUUUCAUUGCAAUUAAUAGGCUCCAUUCAGUCAUUCUAAACAUUCAAAGUGCAUCUGUGUAUAUGGUUGGGGUUUCUGAUACAAUGGCCACUGAAUGUAGAUAGGUGAGUCUAAUGUACACUAUAUGCUCAUAGGUUUGUGGACACCUUUAUCUAAUGAAGGCAUUAUCAGGUGCUUUAUGUUGCAACAACUGACCAACUGAUAAAGAUGUGUAUAAUUCCUGUAGAGACAUUAAUGCCAGUACAAUAGGACUCACUGGAGCAGAUAGACAUAAACUUAUUGGCUCCAUCCAAUAAUUUGGGGAGGGGUUUCAGGGUUGGGGGUGUGGCGGUUGGUGAUCAUCCACCAUCCUGACUUUACUAAUGCGUUUGUUUCUUAAUGAAAUCAAAUAUUUACACAAUGCUCCAAAAUUUAGUAUAAAGCCUUCCCUGGACAGUAGGUACAGAUUUUCCAACAAAAGCACUCUUGAUUUUGUGAAGGAAUAAUGAAUUACAGGGUAUCCCAAUACUAAUGACCAUAUAGUGUAUAUAGGAAACUCAGUGUAGAAUGUAAUCUGUAAUCUGCCACUUGCUUCUGGUGUCCUCUGUUCUUUUCAAAGUUAAUAGUAUAUCUCUUGAACCGAGUUCAUAAGAUUUGAUUAUUUAUUCACACUAGCCUGUUACGACUGCAUGCCCUAUAGUUUUAGGUAGUAUGCUAUUUGACUACGUAGUGCAAAAGUAUCUUUAUUACUGUAGAAUUAAAAAUCCUAGCCUAUGUGUAGUUCACACAUACAGUAUCACUACAUAUUUAGUGGAGCAGUCUUUGAUUCAGACAUAUAAGUGAUCAUAAUGCAGUUUUCCACAAUAUAAAACAAGAUUUGUUUAUUAAGUAAAGCUAUAGAAGGAACAUCAUGUCAUUGUUUCUAUAUGGAUCGUUCUCAUUUUCCAUUGCCAAUAAACUGAAUUCUUUCCCUGAUGUUU